AUGUACAGAAGGCAAAGUAUAUAUAAUAAUUCUCAAGAAAAUGUUAAUUUGAAUGCACUAGCAGCAGCAGCAGCACUAGGAAAAGCAUUAUCUCCUGACGGAAGGGAGGUGGAUCAUUCAAAGAUUCCAUUUUACAAGUCAUCAAAUAGAGUUACUGCAAUGACUAAUAUAAACAGAUCUUCUUCUAUAACAAAUAGACACAGAUCCCAGUUGAAUUCAAUUACAAGACAUAACUCUAUGUAUGUUUCAACAAAUGAAGUUCUACAAAGGCAAGAAAAGAAGCGAAUUAUUAUUCCGUCCUAUAGACAGACUACAACAAAUAAUAAUAAUAGAAGAACAUCAAGUCUACCGUCAAGUAGUAGUACUAGGCGUAAUCAUGGCAAAGUGGCAGCUGUGGAAACAAAAAAUGUGCAUAAAGCAUUUCAAGAGUUUGGUGGGCCCCAGAGUGUAUCGAUUAAUUCCUUCUCAAAUAAACGAAAUAUUAAAAAAUAUAUUCCUGGUCCCAAUGGUUUGAUUGCUAUUGAUGUUCCUAUUGAUGAUGAUAUUAAAAGACGACAAAGAGGGUCAUAUUCCAUAACAACUGGGUAUUUAGAUGCAAGGAAUUCACAUAGUAAAAUUAACUACGGUAGUAGGUCUAAUAGUGGCCUUCAUAAUAAUAUUAAUAACAAUGAUAAUAAUAAUAUGACACAGCCUCGUAUUCGUACUAGAGUCUCAUCUGUUCUAUUAACUAAUAAUAAUAAUAGUAAUUAUAAUAAUAAAACAAGUAAUUCGGUUAAUAAAAAUCCAUACCAGAAGAAUGAUUUAACUCUUAAGAAACAAAGAUCAACUGCAAGUUUAACAUCAAAGAAUCAGAAAAAAAGCUCUAAUAACCUUACUUUAGAUCAAAAUAAGUAUACAAAGGUAAAUGUCACAAAUCGAAAAGCUAUUAAUCAUAAAGAGAGUUCCUCAAAAAAUAAUUUAACUGCUUCAACAUUGCACUCAAGCAAAGAAAAUAUUAAUAAUAAAAGAACAGUUUCUUUACCAAUGAUUGAAAGUUCAAUGCCAGAGGAAACUGAGUUAGAAUUGGAAUUAGAUUCAGAUAAUGUGGGAUCAUCAAAUUUGAAAAAGUUAGACACUCCAUCAAAGAUUGAAUUAAGUGAAUUAAUAGAAGAAACUAUUGAACUGGAAGAAAAGUUGAAUGAAGAUCUCAUGUCGAAUGAUGAACCAAAACCACCUGAUGUUAGUGAUAGAACAACUAUUGAACAAUAUAAUUCGUCAGAUAAAAUUGCAAAUAAUAAACUUCCAAAUGAAAAUAAAACAGUUUUAGAUAUUAAUAGUAUAGACUCCCAAACUUACAGUAAUAAUGAUAUUCAUACAAGCGAUUUUGAUGCAAUACAUAAAGAUGAAAUAUAUCAAAGUGAUGAAGAAAUAUCAAUAACUUCACUAAGUGACACCCAUGUAGGAGAAGGUACUAUAGAAAAAGUGUCUAAUGAUUUAGUUCAUGUAUCAAACAAGUCUGAUGUAAGUUCAUCAUUUGAUCAAGAGGAAAGUACUGUUAAUCACAAAAUAGAAAAUAUCAACAUUGACAGAUCUAAUCAAGACACUAAUCUAAGUGUAUUGAGUGAGAAAUCAGUCAAUAAAACAUGUGCUAGUAAGAAAAUCAAUUUAUUAGGAAACGAAAGUAAUAGAGCUAAAAAUAAAGCAGUGAACGAACAACAAAACGGUAAACCAAAAAAUAUUAAUAAGUUGGUCACAGAUGAACCACAAGAAAAGCAAGUGGAGGAACUAGGUUUACAAGUGAUGAAUCAUUCAUACUUGGAUGGAGAUCAAAUUAGUGAAAAUAUUCGUGGUGGUUCAUCGGAUUAUGUAAGCACGGAAGAAUAUCCAAAUGAAGAUGCACCAAAGGCACCUAUACCACCGCCAAUAAGUCCCAAAAGGCAUAGAAAAACUGCUCAUCCUGUUAGAGAUGAUCUCCAGGAUGUUAUAACCGAUGCUAAAACUACAGAAAAGCAUUUAUCGAGCCAGUCAGAAAACAUUAUGAAAGAUACAUUAAAACAAGACAACGAUCAUUCUCAAAACAAAGAAAGUAUAACAAUAAAGAAAAAUAGGACAACAAUGGCUGAUUAUUUAAGAUCAGCAAAUCCAUAUUUAAGUAAAAAAGAUAAUCUGAAUUUUAAGGCACAAAGCAGUAUAAGUAAGAAAGACACAUAUUCAACACCGAAAAAAAAAACUAUCAGAUCUCCAUCGUUAAGUCCACCAAGUAAAAAACCUAUUACAAAACAUUCUAUACCUUCUAUUGACUUAAAACCACCACCACGUUUUAGUCAAAAUAUAACUCCAAUAAAAUCAGCUUUAAAGAAGACUCAAUCAUACAAUUCUGAUAGUUCAGUAUACGAUGAUAAUCCAGCUAAUGAUGCGUAUCUUUCUUUAACUACAGCUGAAAAUACAAGACUAAAUGCUAGAAUGUCAAAUGAAAAUUUGGUUAGUCGUAAAAUCUCCAUAAAAAAGGUAAAAAGACCACAAUCUAUGGUUACUCAAGCAACACAAAAACCUCAAUCUCCUCCAUCAAAAGAUAAUAAAAAAAAAUCAGCUGUUAUUACAAGACGCUCAUCAUUAAUCAGAAAUUCGAAGAGUACCGAUAAUUCAAAAAUAGUAAAACAACAAUCACAGCUUGACCCUGACAAGGCUGCUAGCGCUCAUGAGGAAUUAGUUAUUACAAAGGCAAAGAAAUUAGUACAAGACCCGAAAAUGAGCUUAGCCCUUUAUCCUAUAGAACCAAUACCAACAAAAUCAAGCUUUGAAAAGUUGAGACCAGAAAAAAACCAUUUAGGGUUUAAGAAUUUAUCUUUGAGAACAGAUAUAACAAAUGAGACAGAAUAUGAACAAAGUAAUAUGAAUAAUAAAUUUCAUCAAAACAAGGCAUCUGUAAGUUACCCAAUCAACCAGCAACAAAGAACCCAGCAGAUGCAACCAUUAACAUCUACAAUAGGAUAUGGACUUUCUUCAGGUUGGACUUCAAGAUUUCAAGAUUCAGAUUCAGACGAUGAUUAUACUUUUUCACAAUCCAAUUAUUUUAAAUCUAAUGGGAAAAGUAGCUCGAAGUCAUCUAAGGUGUUAUCACCCUCAAAAUUGAAGAGUAAUGGAUUUUCAUUAUUCAAGAACACAAAACAUCAUGAGUUGCAGGAACCACCAGAUAAAUCAUCAUAUGAAACACCGAAAUUAUCAAAUAAUAGUAAACUUGAUAGGACUAUAAUGAGAACAGCAAGUGCAACAGACCAGUUAACGCCUACUAGCAAAUCAGAAUUGAAGGCUUCGCCACAGAGGGUAUUAAGUGAACCGCAACUCAAAGGAUCAGAAAAGAUCUAUAGUGAUCAACAUAUCGAAGAUGGUGACCAUAAAAGAGCACACAAUAAAUUUGGGAAUAAGUUAAGGAAAUUAUUUGGUAGAAAGAAAUAG